CGCGCGUCUCCUGUAACCAUAGAAGCGCCGUCACUUCUGAACGACCCAACAAACAACAUAUAUAUCUCAGCUCGCGACUGUCCUCGACUCUGAAUUCUUUCUCUUCUCUCAUCCACACACAAGAACUACUUCGAACUAUCCAAACCUCAAAACAAACUACUCUACUAUCCGUCAAUAUGGGUGCCGUCGUUAGCUGCAUCAAGAGUGUCUUCCAGACCAUUGGCUCCGCCAUCAUGGCCGUGAUUUCUGGUAUCGGUGGUAUCAUCAAGGCCAUUAUUAAUGCCAUCGUGUCAUUCUUCGGUAUCAUCGUAAACUGCCUCACCUGCCGCGGAGGCGGUGGCCGCAAAACAACGACAAGGAGUAGAGUCUAACGAGACCCAUCUGCCGCGCGACAAGGAAAUACAGUGAAACAAAUGAUUCCUUUGGCGGAUGGGUGAUCGACUCACAAGACGGGGAGGGGGAGAGAGACCAGAAGAGCCGUAAUGACCUCGGUGGGAGGGCUGCGCACACCUUUACGCUUUGAGAUACCCCAGUGCUCAGUGCGAUGCAUAGAAUACCCUAUUUGUUCAUUUCCCUAUGUUCAUAAUUGGCAAGACCAUAAUAUGAAUUGACGGCCACAAAUACCUAAU